AUUUAUCCAGAGGAUAGCUUAUCGAGAGGUAUGAAGAAAUCGGCCGUUGGACUUGUGCACAUAGCAGGGAAUAGAACCGCACGGUUGUGAACGUAGCACGGAAUAGAACCACGUUCACGUUUGAACAUAACGUACGUACCGACAAGUCGUUCGUGGACACGUGGCUACGUAGUUGUCAAUGUGCACCACCCGUUGACAUUGCGCAAGCUGAGCACCAACCGAUACAUAUUUCUUCUCUCCAUUUGUUAAAUUACGUUAAAUGUUGAAAGAUUUUGUUAAUUCCGUUUAAAAUCGAGAUGGAUGACUUUAAGGAGAAACAGACAAACGCAAAUAUAAUUCCGAAAGAGGAUGACCACGAGGAAGAAGUUAUUCAGAUGACAGACGAAAUGGUGUUUGAUACGUUUUCGGAGGACGAAGAGGAGGAAGUUGUUUCAUUGGAAGAUGAAGACGAGUUUACCGAAGAGGAAUAUCAGAAAUACCUGAAUGAAGAAGAAGAGAUUGAAAACAAAGAUGACGCGGUGCUUGUGUUUCGUGGCCACCGUCCGCAAAAUGGAGUAUUUUGUUGUGCUUUGAGCAAGGACGCUCAACUAGCGGCGACAGGAGGUCAGGAUGAUAAAGCGUUUCUCUGGAAUGCUGUCACAGGUGAGAUCAUCAUUGAGUGUACCGGUUUUGAAGACAGCGUUAUAUCCGUUGGAUUUAAUCACAACGACAAAUACAUGGCUGCUGCCGACAUGAGCGGCAUAAUAAAAGUUUGGCACAUAGAAAACAAAACUUGCAUCUGGCAAGUCAAUAUAGAAAAUAUUGUGUGUAUGCAAUGGCAUAAAUCGAGUAAUGUUUUACUAGUGGGUGUAACAUCAGGAAACCUUUAUAUGUACAACAUACCCGAUGGAAAUGUUAAAGUUUUUGCUCAGGGAUACGGAGAUCCGCUGGAGACUUUUGUCAUUUUUCCUGACGGACUGCGCGCCGCGGUGGGAUUUGAAAGCGGCAAAAUUCACGUACUGGAUUUAAAAACAAACACGGUGUUGAGUCGCACACCCAGCGAUCCUAAGCGUUUGCACGGACAUCAGUAUUCCGUUCUCACCAUAGACUGUCAUCUAAUUAAUAAUACGUUAAUCUCGGGAUCGAAGUCCGGACAGGUUAUAAUAAGUUCCGCAAGUACCGGCAAAGUACUUUCUGUAUUGUACGAUCCAAAUCCGGAGCCAGAUAAGACUAUUACCGUGGAGUCUGUCGUAUUUAGCACGAUUCCCUCCUCCUUUAACUGCGCUGCUGCUGCGAUACUCGAAGACUGUAAUUGGGGAAGAAUUGUCAUAUGGGACGUCAACACAUUUACUAUCAGAUAUAACAUAUCGAAACUGCAAGGAAUUUUGAAACUAAUCUGGACCAACGACAACAUAUUGUUCGCAACGGGGAUAAAUGGCCCGUUACUUGGCUUUAGUGUGACGCAUGGCAGUUGUAGCGCCACAUUUCCAGGCCACAAGGACAAGAUACUCGAUUUACACAUAUGCGAAAAAACAAAGAGGGCGUUGACGGUUUCGGACGAUAGUACCGCGAGGAUCUUUGAUGUAUCAGGUAAUGUUCACUAAUAUCACGUACGUCUUCUGUUUAUAAGAUAAUGUGUAAAUCAUGUAUAAAUAAAAAUUUGAAGUUUACCUAAACUUUUCCUUGCAAUUUAUUUUUGUACC